CCAUUUUAGCACCAUGCGGAAAUGAAGCUGUGUGAUGCAUGACAAUAACAACUAUCUACAUACGCGAUUUAAAGUCAAAAACGGCUUACAUUUAAUAUGGGGAUUACAAAGUUAGCGAAUCUAAUUCAUUUUGACGCGCCAGCGUCAAUGCGUAACAAAGAGAUCGGCGAUUAUUCUGGGAAGAUUAUUGCACUGGACACGUCUAUUGUUGUGAAUCAGUUUCGCUCAGCCCUCCCCAGCCAUCUAAAGCUAAGCCCUCUCACAGGCUUGUUUUACCGCACUCUUACUUUCCUGGAACAUGACAUCAAGCCUGUCUUCGUACUUGAUGGCAGGCCACCUAAUCAAAAGAGAGCUGUGCUGGAGAAAAGAGCUCAAAGCACAGGGUGGAACAGCUCACAGAGCUUCAACACAGUGUCCAACUUUAAACAGGAAUGUUUGCGUCUCCUACAGCUUAUGGGUGUGCCAUGCAUCAAGGCUCCAGGUGAAGCAGAAGCGCUGUGCGCCCACCUGGUCAAAAAUGGCACAGUAAAUGCUGUAGCCUCAGAGGACAUGGACACACUGGCAUUUGGAGGGACUGUUCUGCUCCGCCAGCUCAAUGCAAAGAAAGACAGUGAGGUCACAGAGUACUCCUUACCAAAGCUUUUGGAAGCUCUAAAGCUGACAUAUAAAGAGUUUGUUGACCUGUGUAUCUUGCUGGGCUGUGACUACUGCGAUAAGAUUGGGGGUCUUGGGCCGAGUCGAGCACUGAAGCUUAUUAAACAACAUCGUACAAUAGAGGGUGUGAUGGAACAUGUCAACAGAAAGACCCACCCCAUCCCUCUAAACUGGCAGUACAAGGAUGCCCGAAAGCUGUUUUUUGAAACCCCAAAAAUCGACGACCCUGUCCUGGCCUGGAGUGAGCCUGAUGAAGAGGGCCUGGUGCAAUUCCUGUGCAAAGAGAGGCCUAUGAAGGAAGAAAGGGUGCGUGGACGCAUGAAGAAGUUUCGCGAGUCUCUCUUAAAGAGAAGAAAGGAAAGGGAGGUGGAUGAGAAAAUGGGCCAAACUAGACAGUCACGUCUUGAGGAAUUUUUCCCUGCGACACGGAGGAGAAAGGUUGAGUCUGCAGGUGUGGGAGCAUCCAGUGGAAGAAAGCGAUCAAAGGUGAAAUAAGAUAGAUUCUUUUGAAUCAUGAAUCUUGAAGCAUUAAUCAAACCAUCAUGUGGACCGAAGAGUCAAAGGUUUAAUGCCAUGAAUCUGUUUUAGAUACUUGUUUUAAACUUGUUUUAGAUUUUUAAACUCGUUUUUUGUUAUUGUUGUUCAAAUGGCAACAUAAUGUAAAACCAGUGCCAAAAAAGAUAUAUUUUUAAUGUUUUUGUAUCAUGUACAAAAAAAACUUUUAUGUU